GUGUUUUGUAUAGAAUGGAGAAGCAAGCAAACAAACAUCUGCAUCCUUUUGUUGUUCGAAAAUUUAUAAAAGGAAAAAAACAAAAUAAAAGUAAAAGAAGAAGAAGAAGAUAAAGAAAAGGUUGGAAGUGAAAUGUAUUAAAGUAUUGAAAAGAGAGAGAGAGUAGUUAAAGCUGAGAGAGUGAGUGAGUGAGGCAUAGAGAGGAUGGUGAUGGUAUAAAAUAAUAAAUAAUAAUGAUGAGUAAUAAAUAGUGGGGAGAAAAGAAACCCAAGGCAAGGAAGAAGAAUAAAGCAAACAGAGAGAGUGGGUGAAAGAAAAUAGAGAGAGAAGAAGAAGGUUUGGGGAAAAAAUACUGCAGAGUUGUUUUGUCCUUGUGUCCGUCUUCUCUUCUCACUUCUGUGUUUCUAUCUUUUCUUCUUCUGCUGCUGCUCAUCCACUUUCUUUGCUAAAUGAAGUCACAAUACAACAAGGAGUAAUCACAUUUAGAUUCAUUUUCAAGAGAGACAUCAUAGAGAAGAAGAGACCAAGGAGAUUGAGAGAUUAACAACGCCAUGGGAGUAGCUUUGGCAAUCAGAAAAGUUGUGAGAAAAAUUAGACUCCCUUGUGGUGCUACUGGUGCUGACCUUGAUGAUGAUCAUCAUCCAACGGCUCUUCACAGGAAUAUCUCCAACUGUAAACAAAAAAGUGUUUACGCAAAGGAGGAGAAUCUUUCAUCAUCUCUAACAGAAGAGGAAACACAAUCAAGCAGCGCCAUCAAGAGCUUAUGUGCAAUAUGCCUGGAGCCAUUGAGCUGCAACAACAACUGCAGCAGUAGCAGUACGGGCAGCAGUCCUGGCCAAGCUAUUUUUACAGCACAGUGUUCUCAUGCAUUCCACUUCACCUGCAUAUCCUCAAAUGUCCGGCAUGGCAGUGUUACCUGUCCGAUAUGUAGGGCUCACUGGUCUCAGCUCCCUCGCACUCUGUAUACCCAUUCUUCCUCUUCUUCUUCUUCGUGCAGUCAACAACUGCUUCCUAAUACCUGCAACAAUAAUCAGAUUCAGGCAGAUGAUCCCAUCCUACGGAUCCUCGAUGAGUCCAUUGCUACUUUCCGGGUUCACAGGCGUUCCUCCCUCCGCUCUGCUCGCUAUGAUGAUGAUGACCCAGUCGAGCCACUGGAUCACACAAUGCCUUCACCCAAUCACCCUCGUCUCCAUCUUACUCUUGUCCCUUGUACUGGUCAUCCUCACUCUAACUUCUCCCCUCUUCCACACCCAUCUUUACAAGGUGCCACCAGCCCAUCAUACCAUCUGUACGCUUGUGAGCUUUCGACCCCACCACAUCAUCACUUCUGCAGCUCGUGCCCAGUAUCACCAGAAAACACUAUGUCACCCUCUACCAGAAAUAACAACCCUUACCAUCAUCUCAGCUUCAGUAACAACAGAGCUUACUUAUCUGUGAAACUAGCACAUCAACAACCUACAGACAUAGUCUUAGUCGCCAGCCCUAAUGGACCCCACCUUAGGCUUCUUAAGCAGUCCAUGGCACUAGUUGUUUUCUCUCUGCGGUCAGUCGACCGCUUGGCUAUUGUCACAUACUCUUCUGCUGCUACACGCGCCUUCCCGCUGAGGCGUAUGACUUCUCAUGGUAAACGGACAGCCUUGCAAGUCAUUGACCGUCUAUUUUAUAUGGGAGAGGCAGACCCAGGUGCAGGACUCAAGAAAGCAAUAAAGAUACUCGAAGAUCGUAUACAUAAGAACCCAGAAUCAUGCAUCCUCCAUCUUUCUGAUUCUCCUACGAGAUCUUACAUAGGUCACGACAUAGAUGUCACUACCAUCCCAACACCAAUCCAUCGAUUUCAUGUCGGCUUUGGGUUUGGCUCAUCAUAUGGAUUUGUGAUGCAUGAAUUCGAAGAAUUCCUGACAAGAUUGCUAGGAGGGGUGAUCAGAGAAACCCAGCUGAUGAUUGGGGAGGAUGGAGGGAUAGCAAGGCUGGGAGAACUAAGGGGAGGAGAAGAAAGGAGAAUUCCAUUAGAGUUGGGCGAGAACGGAUUUGUUCGUGUUGGUUAUAGCUACAUUGAAGGUGGGGUUGAAGAAUAUAUAAGAACAGGAGAAAUUGUGGUUAGCACGUGCGAAAAGAGGGAAGUCAGUGAUGGUGGAGAAGCAGGGGGUAGAAGAGACAUGAGCAUUAUCUCUGCAGCAAGGACAAGCAGUGCAGAAAGUUGGAAUUACCAUGAUCCUUACAUGACCAGAAGAUGGGCUAAGCAUUUACAUGGACAAAGAUUGUAACUCCUAUAAAAAAGAAAAGAAAAAGAUACAUAAUACAGAUACGAGAUUACUCAAGCCUCUAAGACUAGGAUGUACCCUUGGCUGGACUAGCCAGGCUAUGCUUUACUCAUAGAAUACCACCAAAGUUUUCUGGAAUCUUUCUACUGAAAUUUCAGUUGUUCCUUCCUUCUUUAUGUAACAUAAGUUGUCAGAGUCGUGUUUCCUUGAUAGUUCAACAGUUUCCGUAUACUGUUGAUUUAUAAGGAUGCAUAGGUAGUUCAAUAUUCAUUCAUCAAACAGUUUUGAUUA